AUGGAUUCAUUCUUCCUCGAUUUGCUCUUCGUCGCCAUAACCCCGGCGGCUAUAGUGGUGGUAAUGAUCAUUAGUUGCCUCAUCAUGUUCAUCGUCUUUGGAGGUAUAGGCAUGAUUGGUUAUGGGAUCGUUUCCCUAUUUUCCAACGCGCAACGCCGUUUAGGUCGCGGCCGUUGCGGAGACUUCUUGGUGAUCAAUGGGGUCACUCAGAGUUCUUGGGUCCGUGCCAAUGAGCAGAUCACUCCCAACAAGCGAUUCUGGAAGGAGUAUGCGGAUUUUGAGUACAACGACUUCUGGGAGAGAGCUGAAGAUCCGGAGGUCGACUUCAAUUCCUCAGAGGUUGGCGAGGCUUCAGCGAGAGCCCCGAGGAGUACCGCAAAGGACUCCGCCGUCUUCGCCGCGCCGCCGAGGGCGGAGAGGAUCGCCGAAGAAACCCCCGAUGAAAAGAAAAAACGGCAGUUCGAUGACAACAAGUGGCGAAGGGACAGGGAUGCAGUUGAAACGCCGGAAGCGCGUCAAACAAGACUAGCAAAGCAGACAGCGUGGGCUUUCUUGUGGCUAUGCGCGUCCGCCUGACCGCCGACGGUCCCGCUCCCCCAAGAUGAAGGCCACGAUCCACCGCCCCUUCUGUCUCCAACACUACCAUCAGCCACUGGGACAAUACCAGGCUUAGGGAAAUGACAGCGACUAUACGAACCGGGACCUUGACUCACAAGCAACAAGAACAGUUGGAUCAGCUUGGGGUAAAGGAGCUUUUCACAAUCCGACGUAGAGUCACUUUUUCCAAGACUGCUGCGAUCGAGGUCUACAACAACAUGAAGAAUAUUCUCCCGAGUGACGAACGAGAUCACUCUGAAGGACGGGCAUGGGGGAAGGACAUAUUGUCCCCUUUCUUCCGUGAGACAUG